GGGGUUUCUUUCUUCUUUGGGUUGCAAUUAUUCCAAGGGGAACUACUCUAAAGCAUUGUACAUGUAUUACAGUUCAUUAAUUAGUCAUGUCUGAGAAGUAUAUUAUUGAUGUUGACACGGGAGUGGACGAUGCUCAGGCCAUAAUGCUAGCAUUGUCAAGGCCUGACAUAGAUGUUAUAGCCAUUACAUGUGUGUCUGGAAAUGUUAGUGUGGACCAAGUAUGCCUCAACACUCUCAAAGUUCUCACCGUCUGUGGCAGACUUGAUGUACCUGUGUACCGAGGUUCAAACAUUCCUCUUGUUGAUGAAGGUAUUGAAGCCACACAUUACCAUGGUAACGAUGGCCUAGGUGAUGCUGACCUUGACACUGAGGUGACCUUGAAUGGAAUACAGAAGGAAAAUGCUGUUUCUGCUUUACUGAGACUUGUGAAUGAAUAUCCAGGAGAAAUCACACUGGUCGCUUUAGCACCUUUAACUAACAUUGCAGUAGCAUUGAAACAAGACUGUAACUUUGGCAAAAAACUGAAGAGGAUUUCCAUAAUGGGUGGAAAUACACAAGGACGAGGGAAUAGCACACUUUGUGGGGAAUUCAAUUUUGCUUGUGACCCUGAUGCUGCCUUUGUUGUUCUCAAUGAAUUAUGUGUACCAGUAACAUUGUUUCCAUGGGAAAUAAACCUCACAGCAGCAGCUGGCCAUCCAUGGGAUUGGUUUGACGAGUGGAUUGAAACUGAUACACUGAAGGGUAAAUUCAAUAAAGCUGUCACCAAGCUAGCGGUAUACAGACAGAGAGAAGUGAACAAAAAUCCUAUUUAUAGGUCAUGUGACUUAAAUGCCAUAGCAACCGUGAUUAAUCCAAAGAUAAUACUGGAGACAAAAGACGUGUUUGCAACUGUUGAGCUUCAUGGAAAAUAUACAAGAGGAAUGAUGGUUGUAGAUUGGCGAGGAUCUCUGGGGAAAUCCCCUAAUGUCACAUUAGUUGAUAAGAUAGACACUAGGCUUGCAAGACCAUUGUUUGAACAUAUGCUGAAAUAACUCCUUUUAAUUUUUCUUUGCUGAUAGAAUCUCUACCUUUUAUUAUGCUCCUACAAAAUCAGGCAUGGGCUGAUCAAUUCUUUAAAAUUUUACUUUGCAGAUAGAAUCUCUACCUUUUAUUAUGCUCCUACAAAAUCAGGCAUGGGCUGAUCAAUUCUUUAAAAUUUUACUUUGCAGAUAGAAUCUCUACCUUUUAUUAUGCUCCUACAAAAUCAGGCAUGGGCUGAUCAAUUCUUUAAAAUUUUACUUUGCAGAUAGAAUCUCUACCUUUUAUUAUACUCCCACAAAAUUAUAGUAAGUUUGAUUCUUGAAUUUCUCAUUGUUAAUAACCAGAGGCCAGUGUAUUCAGAAUGUCAGAAGGCUUGUAGUUUCAUUAUAUUGUGGAAAUAUUAUCAUAAAAUUUAAUGUCUUUCCUUGAUUUUUUUAUAGAAAAGAGUCCAGGCUGAUAAAUGGAAUGUUUGAUAGUGAUCUGAGGCAAAUGUUUUGAUAUGUUGUAUAUAUGAAGGAGUUGAUGCAGAGCAUCUGUGGAUUGGUACAUGCCACUUGCCAUUUGCCUAAUGCUAUUUGCCAAUUGCUAAUAAUUAUUUGCUGAUUACAAGUUAAAAUAUGCCAUUACCGAAAUGAUAUAAAUUUGCUACUGUAAAAUCAUUAAUAUUCGUGGGGAACUAACUUUCUUGGAUUUCGUGGUUGGCUCAAUCCAUGAAAUUUAAUCCCAAUGAACAAGUAAAAUUCCCAUCCACUUUUUGUUCAAAAGUUGAAAUCCACGAAUUCAUAUCCAUGAAAUUGCCAUUUUGACCAAAACCACGAAUGAUUUUACAGUAUUUUGCCAACUGCCAAUAGUUAAGUUGCUUACCAGUAUUGCUAUUUGCUAGUUGCUAACUGCUGUUUGUCAGUUGCUAUUUGCUUAGCAAUUGCUGCUAAUUCUAGAAACAUUUUACGAUAAUUUGUAUACUAUUUAAUAAUAUAAGUAUGCAGUCAGUAGUGCAACACAAAUCUCAGAACUUGUGCAUUAAUAAUAAGGUGUUCAGUGUUUGACUGAAAGAUAUUUGAAUUAUGAUUACCAUAUAUGUGCUUGAUAUAAAAGAUUAAAUAUGGGGAUUAUGAUAUUCUUGGCUCUUUUUGAGCUUAAACCGAUUAAACAGCACAUCUUGUAGCAUUUCACAUUUGACAAAUGACAACAAAAUGUCAUUUUCCAUGUGACAUUUUGUAUGUCGUUUCUUACGCAGCAAUAUCUUUCCAAUUUAUCAUGCGUCCAUCUCUGAAAGAGCGGGGCGUAUUAUAAGAACACUCGUGGCGGGCGGUCGCCAUCUUAAAGCAUGUCUGCUCUCUAAAUCAAACAGUUUUCAUCUGAUCCUCACCAAAUUUGCUGACAAUGUUUAUUGGCAUAAAAUCUCGGCCAGGUUCGAUAACCAGCCAAAUCGACGUAUGCACACUUGGAUUAUGGCCAUUGAAUUACUCAAAUAACUGCAGAUUUAGCCUUGUCCGCUCUCUAAGUCGAAGAGUUUAUAUCCGAUCUUCACCAAACUUGCUGACAAUGUUUGUGGGCAUAAUAUCUCGGCCAAGUUUGAUAACCAGCCAAAUGGACCUAUGCACACAUGGAUUAUGGCCCUUGAAUUACUCAAAAAACUGCGAAUUUAGCCUUGUCAGCUCUCUUUAAGUCUUAACAGUUUUCAACCGAUCUUCACCAAACUUGCUGACAAUGUUUGUGGGCAUUAUAUCUCGACCAAGUUUGAUAACCUGCCAAAUCGACCUAGGCACACUUGGAUUUUGACCCUUGAAUUACUUGAAAAACUGUGAAUUUAGCCUUGUCUGCUCUCUUAAGUCGAACAGUUUUCAUCUGAUCUUCACCAAACUUGCUGACAAUGUUUGUGGGCAAAUUAUCUCAGCCAAGUUCGAUAACCAGCCAAAUCACCCCAGGCACUCUUGGAUUAUGGCCCUUGAAUUACUCAGAAUCUUUUUAUGAUACUUAACUGAAUAUUUGGGUGGGCGUAUUAUGUUACAGUCUGGCACUCUUGUUGUAACAUUGAGUUGAUAUUUGAUGUGGGUAUUUUUUUCUUGUAGAUGCUUCCCUGCAAAUGUGAGAAACAAUCUUAUGACCAGAGUUUUUUUUAACCCUGAUUUGGUUAAAAAGGAUUAUUUAAACAGAUAUCUCUAUCAUUGUAUAUCACCUUUCAUAUAUAUGCAUGUUUUUAUUAGUUGCCUAUCGUUGGAACACCGGAGGGAACAAUAAGCAUGUCCUCCACUGUCUGUCCAUCCACAAAUCUGGAUCCUGCAACUACUGAAGAAGUAUUCAAGCUAGGUUCAUAAAACUUGGUAUGUGAAAAGAGGGCAGUAUGUCAAUUCAAACAUACAUGACUUAUGCUUGUUGGCAUACCUGUCAAGACACACGCAUUCCUGCCCUAGAUCACGCAUUUUAAAGAAAUAAAGCAAUCAGUUGUUCUUCGAAGAAAAUUAUUGAAUCAAACAUGCAAGGCGACGUUGACACGGUGUUUUCAUUCCGUAUAAUACAGCUUUUACAUUCACCGGUGCAACGUGUUAUUUCUACCGCAUGAAUUAACGUCACAAAAAGUAAACAUAGAGGGAGACUAUUCAAAACCAGAUUUAUUUUGUGUUAAAAAUCUAAAUUUUCCUUGUGAGGCCAUUUCCGGCUUUUAGGGAUCAUCGCCCUCCAGACCCACACCUUCCCUUCGAACCCUGAUCACACUCGUGGCCUUUGUGGAGCCUUGACAGCUAUGUGUUGGUCAAAGGUCAAGGUCACUAUUGACUGUCAAGUAAAAAUUGUCUCUGCUCCAUAACUUUUAUGUGCAUUGAUGGAUUGUCUAUGCUACACAAAAAUGUUCCCCAUGAUGAGAAAAUGUGUUAACACAUGAUCUAUGCUUGUGGUUAAAGGUCAAGGUCAGUGUUUAAGGGCAAGUAAAAAUUUGUUUCCACUCCAUAACUUUUAUAUUCAUUGAAGGAAUUUGUUACCACUACAUGCAAGUGUUUCUCGUGACCAGACAGUAUGUCGCAUACUUUACAUAUGCUUGAUUGUCAAAGGUCAAGGUCACUGUUAAAGUAAAAAUUGUUUUUGCUCCAUAACUUUUAUUGCAUUGAAGGAUUUUUUUAUUACUACACAGAAAUGUUCCCCAUGAUUAGACUAUAUUUUUGUCAAAGUUCACUGUCACUGUUGAAGGACACACUCCAUAACUUUUAUGUGCAUUGGUGGAUUACUGUAGUGCUGCACACAAAUGUGCCCCAUGACAAGACAAUGUGUCACAUACAUGAUCUGUGCUUGUAGGUCAAGGUCACUAUUGAAAUUUUAGUAAGAAUAGUUUUGUUAAUCCCCCGCCGUGGCGGAGGGAUUAUAGGAAUGGUCUGCGUCCGUCCGUCCGUCCUUCCGUCCGUCUUUCCGUCCUUCCGUCCGUAACAAAAUCGUUUCCGGUCCAUAUCUCCUUAACCCCUUGAAGGAUUUUCAUGAAACUUGGGUCAAAUGAUCACCUCAUCAAGACGAUGUGCAGAACCCAUGAGUCAGCCUUGUCGGUUCAAGGUCAAGGUCACAACUCAAGGUCAAAGGUUUGAGCCUGCCAUUUUGUGUCCGCUCUAUAUCUCCUAAACCGCUUGAAAGAAUCUUAUAAAACUUGGGUCAAAUGAUCACCUCAUCAAGACGAUGUGCAGAACCAAUGAGUCAGCCAUGCCGGCUCAAGGUCAAGGUCACAACUCGAGGUCAAAGGUUUGAGCCUUCCAUUUUGUGUCCGCUCUAUAUCUCUUAAACUCCUUGAAGGAAUUUUAUAAAACUUAGGUCAAAUGAUCACCUCAUCAAGACGAUGUGCAGAACCCAUGAGUCAGUCAUGCCGGCUCAAGGUCAAGGUCACAACUUAGGGUCAAAGGUUUGAACCUUCCAUUUUGUGUCCGCUCCAUAUCUCCUAAACCCCUUGAAGGAUUUUCAUCAAACUUGGGUCAAACGAUCACCUCAUCAAGGCGAUGUGCAGAACUUAUAAGUCAGCCUUGUUGGCUCAAGGUCAAGGUCACAACUGAAGGUCAAAGGUUUGAGCCUUCCAUUUCGUGUCAGCUCUAUAUCUCCUAAACCCCUUGAAGGAAUUUUAUAAAACUUGGGUUAAAUGAUUACCUCAUCAGAACGAUGUGCAGAAAUUAUGAGUCAACCGUGCCAGCUCAAGGUCAAGGUCACAACUAAGGGUCGAAGGUUUGAGCCUUCCAUUUGGAGUCCACUCUGUAUCUCCUUAACCCCUUGAAGGAUUUUCAUCAAACUUGGGUCAAAUGAUCACCUCAUCAAGAACUCAUGAGUCAGCCAUGUCAACUCAAGGUCAAGGUCACAACUGAAGGUCAUAGGUUUCAGCUCUGUAUCUCCUAAACCCCUUGAAGGAUUUUCAUGAAACUUUGGUCAAAUGAUCACCUCCUCAAGACGUUGUGCAGAAAUCAUGAGUCAGCCAUGUCAGUUCAAGGUCAAGGUCACAACUGAAGGUCAAAGGUUUCAGCUCUGUAUCUCCUAAACCCCUUGAAGGAUUUUCAUCAAACUUGGGUCAAAUGAUCACCUCAUCAAGAACUCAUGAGUCAGCCAUGUCAACUCAAGGUCAAGGUCACAACUGAAGGUCAACGGUUUCAGCUCUGUAUCUCCUAAACCCCUUGAAGGAUUUUCAUGAAACUUUGGUCAAAUGAUCACCUCAUCAAGACGUUGUGCAGAAUUCAUGAGUCAGCCAUGUCAGUUCAAGGUCAAGGUCACAGCUAAAAUCAAAGGUUUUACCCUUUCACUAUCCAUAGCAAUGGCGGGGGAUUUAGCUGUCUUUCAGACUGCCUUGUUUCUUAGUUAAAGGCGGUCAGUCACAUUAAACCAAUCGGUUUCCAGAUGAUAACUCAAGAAUUCUUUGGCCUAGGAUCAUGAGAGUUGAUAGGGAGAUUGGUCAUGACCAGCAGAUGACCCAAAUUGAUUUUUAGAUCAGUAUGUCAAAUGUCAAGGUCACAGUGUCCU